AUGGUUGACGCGGGGAUGAGUAUUCCGGAAAAGAACAUCGCUGCACUUCAGCGUUUCAGAGCGGAGGCAGAGGAAGUGGUGCGGUACGUUGUUGACAGGCGCCUCAAUGAUUUGGCCGCCGACCUCUGCAUCUUAACAAGCCAGGUUCGCGAGUACGGCGUAGCAGUAGGGAGAGUUGGAGAGGCGGUCAAACAAGUAGCUGGAGCCUCCGCAGGGAGUGAUGCGGUGGCCCGCAAACUGCAGCAGGACAUCAUGGGUAUGACGAACCAAUUGGGAGGUCGGGCCGUAGGUGGCGCGUCUGUCGCAAUCCUGGAGUGCCUGAAAGACAACAUGGAGGUUCCCGCUGGGAAGCUGGCGACCAUCGGGGAACAUGGGGCCGAGGAGAAGUACACAGGCGUUCGGUUUUGCAGACGGAAGGGUAAGUGGCAGGCUGGGAUCGGGCUUGAAGGCCAGAAAACGAAAACCACGUUGUUGGGCAAUUGGGAAACUGAGAAGGAUGCAGCAGAGGCGUUUGCAGCUGCGGCGGUGGUGUUGUGUCGUGCAUCUCGACCACGGGGUAGGAUCAUUGAGCUAAGCACUGAGGACCGGGCCAUUAUCGACCCCAUGAAGGUCAGUGAAGGCGAGGCUCUCCUUCUUGUCAGGGCCUGGCACAAGUGGCGGUCCUGGCGCAGUGAGCUAUAUCCAUCGCGGCAGUUGUCUGGUUACUUUGAGCGUAUCUCCCCUCCCCAAAGUGCAGCGCGUGCUGGAGAAGACACUGCAGUGAGUGUGGGAGUAGCAGGGCAAGAGAAUGCUGUAGUGAAUGCGGGGGAGGGGGCCGAACAUGAAAGCAGCGAGGACUCUGAUGCGUGGGCCAUGUUUGAGGGAUGA